CACUCCGGAGAUCGGGAAAGUGAUUGCAGCAUUCCUCCCACAGCCAGGCUUCCAAGGCACAUCAGACGCUUCCUAAAUCGCGACAACAUUAGCGUAAUCUGCACAGGAAAGAUUCAGCAUGGCCACCAUCACCUGCACUCGAUUCUCUGAGGAAUACCAGCUCUUCGAAGAACUGGGCAAGGGAGCGUUCUCUGUGGUGCGCAGAUGCGUGAAAGUACUGUCAGGACAGGAGUAUGCUGCCAAGAUCAUCAAUACCAAGAAGCUUUCUGCAAGGGAUCACCAGAAGCUGGACAGAGAGGCCAGGAUCUGCAGGCUGCUGAAGCAUCCCAAUAUUGUGCGGCUCCAUGACAGCAUCUCAGAAGAAGGGCACCAUUACCUCAUCUUUGACCUCGUGACGGGUGGAGAGCUCUUCGAGGACAUCGUUGCCAGAGAAUACUACAGCGAAGCGGAUGCCAGCCACUGCAUUCAGCAGAUUCUGGAAGCAGUUCUCCAUUGCCAUCAGAUGGGAGUUGUUCACAGGGAUCUCAAGCCCGAAAACCUGCUGCUGGCAUCCAAGUCGAAGGGGGCGGCGGUCAAGCUGGCCGACUUUGGUCUGGCCAUCGAAGUGGAGGGGGACCAGCAGGCCUGGUUCGGCUUUGCGGGAACCCCUGGAUACCUGUCCCCCGAAGUUCUGAGGAAGGACCCCUAUGGAAAGGCUGUGGAUCUCUGGGCCUGUGGUGUUAUCCUUUACAUCCUGCUUGUGGGCUAUCCUCCGUUCUGGGAUGAGGACCAGCACCGUCUGUAUCAGCAAAUCAAGGCUGGGGCCUACGAUUUCCCUUCCCCAGAGUGGGACACCGUCACUCCUGAGGCCAAAGACCUCAUUAACAAGAUGUUGACCAUCAAUCCUGCAAAGCGCAUCACUGCUUCUGAGGCACUCAAGCACCCCUGGAUCUCGCACCGCUCCACCGUGGCAUCCUGCAUGCAUAGGCAGGAGACCGUGGAGUGCCUGAAGAAGUUCAAUGCCAGGAGGAAGCUGAAGGGUGCGAUUCUUACCACUAUGUUGGCAACACGGAAUUUUUCAGGAGGCAAGAGCGGGGCUAACAAGAAGACGGAUGGAGUGAAGAAAAGGAAGUCCAGUUCCAGUGUCCAGCUGAUGGAAUCCUCUGAGAGCACCAACACAACCAUUGAGGACGAGGACACCAGAGUGAGGAAGCAGGAAAUCAUCAAGGUGACGGAGCAGCUCAUCGAAGCCAUUAGCAAUGGAGACUUUGAGAGCUACGCAAAGAUGUGCGACCCCAGUGUGACAGCCUUCGAGCCCGAGGCCCUGGGCAACCUGGUCGAGGGUCUGGACUUCCAUCGGUUUUACUUUGAGAACUUGUGGUCCAAGAACAGCAAACCUGUGCACACCACCAUCCUGAACCCCCACAUCCACCUGAUCGGAGAGGAAGCGGCGUGCAUCGCCUACAUCCGCAUCACCCAGUACAUUGACACCAACGGCAUGCCGCGCACCGCCCAAUCUGAGGAGACUCGCAUCUGGCACAGACGUGACGGCAAGUGGCAGAUCGUCCACUUCCACCGCUCCGGCUCUCCAUCCGCCAUUGCCAAGUAAGUCUUUCAGCUAAACAAAGGACCUGGGAGAACUGAUCGACAUGCCUCUCCAAGGCACCGGUGAUCAGCUGACCGUGGGAAGUGUGGGAUGCCCGUCGGCCUGAGAAACCACGCCCUCUGCAUCUCAUCUCAGACUUGAAAUGUGCUUAUAUCUUUGCUCGAUUCCUCAUGAAUGGUACCAUAGAAAUCACACAUCUUCACUGUCAUUCAGACGUGUAUAUACACUGUACAUAAGUGCAUAUCCUGUAUACUUACAGGGUCCAGCAUAACAUCAUAUUGUUGCUUCUUCCUGUGUUUUACUAAAAUUUACCAGGCAUGGUUAUACAUGUGUAUAUUUUUAGGUUUUACUUUUAUCAGAUCCUCAAGCUUCAGUUUCCCAACACUGGAAAUAACCAUGCUUUUAGGUCUUGUUAUUUGCUUUCUCAUAUUAUUGCAAGGAGCAAUACCAUCACUCUUAAUCUAUUUCUAGCCCAGUGACAAUACCAUACUAGUAAAUCCCUUCAACUGCUUUUAAAGAUAAAUGAAACAAACAUAAUCAGACUUUGUUACACAAUGUUAUUCUAACCAGAAGAGGAUGCUUGGUCCAAAGAUAGUAUUAUAAAUUUAUUUCAGUACAGAAGCUUCAAAUAUUUUGGAUCAUCAUUUUAUUAUGGAAAAGAGAACAUUUUCCUUUACUCUGUGAAUGAAUCAAAAAACAUAAAAGUUCAUCAUCUGAAUUCCGUAUUCAUAUAACCUGCAUAUUCGGCACCAAGACAAGUCGUCAGCUACAUCUUUUUUUUUACAUCCGAGGGAGUCACAUUUUUUAUAAACUGGUCAUCAUUUAAUGCACAAAUCUAGAAAGGCUAAAAAUUUAUUGAGCACUUUGGAUAUAACAUUUUAACAGGUGACAUCUAGAUUAGUUCAAAUAGUCUGGCCUAGACAUGGAAUUAAGGCACUUUUUGUUCUUCCGGUAGUCAUACUGCGACGCGGUGUGGUGCAAUCUAAGGCGAAAAGCAAUGGCGAUGAGGCCAGUGGCACAAUGGGACUUUUGCAAUAAAAGCGUUGGUCUUUUUUUAUACGGAGCAGUGUUUCCAAACAAAUUUCUGGUCCGAAUCAGAAAGUGGCCAUGGUAAUUCUGAAAUUUUUAAUUCGCGUGGAUCCGUCUUUCAAACUGGUAACUGGAAACCAUCAACCAAAAUGGUAUCUUAAAGCAAACCUUUUAAAUAGCAGGGAAAGAAUGGAAUGAAAUAUGAUGUCGCAAAAUUCUGAUCGUAUAUACAGUAUUUAUUUGCAUCGUCACACAGCCGUAGCUAAAAUGAAAAUUUCGCAAAGUUUUUACAUGCGCCUGUUUUCAAACCAGUUUUCGGCUGGUGCUGGAUGGGGGUGUGUGCAGACAUGGACAGGUGGAGAGCAGAGCAAGACUUUCUAAGGAUUCCUCCUAAGAUGCGCUGCAUUCGUAUCCUCAUCUACAGCAAGUGCUGAAUAGGAGAGAAAAAUCAAGCUUUUUGCUUCUUAUCGAAGACCCCAGUCGUACAUUGACGUUUGACAGAUUGUGCGCUCGGAUGAGAAAAAGGUGGGUCAACGGUGUGAACAUCCACGCUGGCAUCAGUAUCAGAACUUCCAUCAAACCAGCUUCCUGUUCCUGGGCUGUUUUUCGACAUUUUUUUGCACAAGCGAAUGCCUCCUCGAACCUUUUUCAGAUGACUACAUUGUGAGAAUUGAAAUUACAAGCUGAUUAAUAGUUUGUUCUCAAGCGUUUCUGUUAAAGCAUGCAAUUGUGUGAUGGUGCAACUUUGUUCAUACGUGUUCUUAAAAAAAUGGGACUGAAAUACACCUGAGACCGAUGUAUCAUAUCUCAACGAUACCUGCUGAGGGGUCUGUAAAUAUUACGCAGUAGUACGAUGAACAUUAAAUAAUUAUUGUAUUAAUGACUUCUAUGUCUUUAACAAGGAAUGGUGGACUUUAUAUAUAUAUAUGAAAAUAUUUUUUAAUUACAAUGAUAAAUGAUGUCAAGAGCAGAACUUUUAGGGCUUUUUCGUUUGUUUUUCUGGAGUUCGGUUCGGGUUUAGUGAAUUCCGAUUGUGGGACCAAACUCCGGCUUUGUUUUUUGCCGAUUUUAUUUGUCUUACUUUAUGUUCAUAAUCCACCCAUUCGGGGUUUUUUAAACUACUUGUCAUGCCUUUUUCAAAUUAGUCCUCCCUCAGUGCGUUUAUAUAUAGCACACCGAGUCUUGCAAUUUUCCAUUGCGUGGAAUUGGCAGUUAAUUAAAAACUUAGAUAUGGCUUUUAUUUAUUUAUAUUUUUUGCAGAAAAGCGGCAUGAAUUUGCUUUACAACUAACCCUAAUGUGAGCAUAAUUUACUACAGUGUGCUCACUGAUCUGAGGAAUCUGUUUCCCAGUUAUCGCUUGUCCAACAGGCUUCUAUAGAUCAAUAUAUAAAUUAUUUUUUGGCCCACACUGGACAACGACUGGCCUUUCUUCGUUUUUACGCUACACCACAAAACGAGAGCAUAGGCAGCAUUGAGAAAAAAAAAAAAAGAUGCAAUCCCCAGUCUUUUUGAUAUCAUUUAUCAUUUUACUUGAUUUCUGGAUAUUUCGAUUCUGCUUGCCUCUUUUUUUCAGCUGUACAAUAACAAAGAGCGGAAGUACUCGAAGUGCUGUAUGUGAAGUGCACACUUGUGCAAACGACAGGGAAAUCGUGCGAGCGGCUCUGCGCUGACAUGGUAAUUCGAAGCGCCACGGUCAACGUUUGGCGAAAAUGUUUGCGUUUUCCACGCGAAACUUGCCUCUUCAAUAUCCGAGGUGACGUUUUCUGCAAGUUUGGGAAAAUCUGUUGCCCUCUGCCCCGAGUUUGGCAGACACGUAGGCCGUCGACGCGCUGGCAGACACGUGGGCCCGCACCGUGACUCAGUUUCCAUGGGCGCACCGUGUUGUGUCGAGUCCACGCGCUACAGAGCGAACGUUACGCAGACCAAUACACACACUCAGAUUGGAGGCAUUUUGGCCAAACUCCCUCGUACGCAAUACGUUAUUAAUCGUGCAAUUAUUAACAAAAAAAAUUAUUCCGAACGGCCCGGUCUUGGAGCGCGUAGUCCGUCCUCCUAAUCCAUCCAAAGUAUUACCCUCUCCUCUAAUUAAAAAUAUAGUUCAGCUUCUUCUUCUUCUUGAGAGCUCACGUAAUUCGUCUCAAAGUCUUACCACAGUGUUUACCCCAACAGGUUCACACCCCAGAUCCUCGGGCUGAAUGUUUUUCACUACGUGGUACUUCCUGUGUCGAGGUGCCUUCAGAAAGAGCCGUGAACUCUCAGAGAAGAACGCACAAAGUCAAACGGGAUGCAGCAACACUAGGAAAUGUAAUGUGAUUAUGGUUCUGCAUUAAUAGUACUUAUAUUUUUGUGUCAACUGAAUGACUGCCUUAUGUAUAUCUUUUAUAGGUUACCGAUGUUGACUAUUGUAUCAGUGUAGAAUGACGGUUGUUUCAUUUUCAGUUGCUUGUCUUUUCGAUUAGGAAACAUCACUGCCAAGAU